AUUUUAGGUUCUCCUCUCUUAAAGAGAAACCAAAAGAAUGAGUAGAGGUUAGGCGAGAAUCAUCCAUCCCCAAAUUUGGAAAAAGCUUAAACUUUGAUCUUAGGGUUCUUCUCGCGAUUCGUCUCAUAGGCGAUCGGUUGUUCAGAUUCAUCUCCGUCUCGUCGUCGCCGGAGCCUGAUCGGAUCUCGAAUUGUGUGGUCAGGCGAAACAUGGUGGUGAUAUCCCUGAAGAUAUUCAAUUCAGCUUUUCUCCGAUCGCUUCCGCUCGACUUCAUCAGGAUUUCGAUUUCGUGUAGACUUUCUUCUUGGCUUUGUCUCCGAAUCCAUUAGGGUUUUUCGUUGUGUGUGUGUGCUUUGAGGGUAUCGGUUUGUUUGAUCUCUGGAUCUUUGAUUGGAGGAUAUGUAUAUCGAAGAAGUGAUUGAAAAGGAGGAGAGAUUGGCUGAGGAGGUUGGUAACGUUGCUGAUGGAGAUGAGGAGAUGGUGGUGAGCAGAGGGAACGUGAUUGUGUUGACGACGAAGAUGGCACUUGUUGGUGUGGGUGCUCGUGCUUUGUUCUAUCCCACGCUCGUCUACAACGUUGUUAGGAAUAAGGUUGAGGCUGAGUUUCAUUGGUGGGAUAGGGUCGCUCAGUUUAUAUUACUGGGAGCCGUUCCGUUUCAGUCUGAUGUUCCACGGCUGAAAGAGGUUGGUGUUUGUGGAGUGAUCACGCUCAAUGAGCCAUAUGAGACUUUGGUUCCCUCAUCUCUCUACAAAUCUUACUGCAUUGAUCACCUGGUCAUUGCCACGAGAGAUUAUUGUUUCGCACCUUCCAUGGAAGCCAUAUCUCAAGCUGUAGAUUUUAUCCAUAGAAAUGCUUCCCUUGGGAAGACGACUUAUGUUCACUGCAAAGCAGGUCGAGGCCGCAGCACAACUGUCGUCAUAUGCUACUUGGUGCAACACAAACACAUGACACCUGAAGCAGCAUAUGAUUAUGUAAAGUCAAUCAGGCCCAGGGUUAAACUAGCUACCACCCAAUGGAAGGCCGUUCUUGAGUACUACCAUGUCAAGGUGCUGAAUACUCAGAGUUCCUUGCCUGAUGCAACUUCAGCUUUGAUCCCAAGAAAUAUGAAGCAGGUUUGCUCCGGGAAUGUGGUUGUGUUUGAUGAUGGGUCGAUGGUGCUAGUGACCCGCUCGGACGUAGAGGGCUAUGAUGAGAGGUCAAUGAAUGUUGCUGGGAACGAGUUAUGGGCGGCAGCUGCAGAUAUAAGCAUGGUGUACCGGGUGAAAGUGGUGGGGCAAGCUGCGUUGGCGAGGAUCUCGUGCCUGUGGCUGGGAUUGCGUGAGAACCAUAAGCUUUCUGGGAAGAAUCUUUCCAUGGGAGGUAUAAGCGUCGACAUUUCUGUCUACUGAUGAAUUAUGAUGAUGGUGAGUCUACUGGCGAGCGAGUGAAUAUGCCUCUUCCACUGUUUCUCCCCAGGAAAAAAGGGGUCUAUAAAUAAAAAGGGGUCGAAAGUAGAUAUAGCAGACUUGGUUUUGUUGUCUGGGUAUUGUAAUUAAAUACUAAACAUGAAUUAAUCUCCUUUUCAAGUAUCCAAAUUAGUAUUAUGAGUUUGUGACUUCUA